AUGCUGAAACGGAAGAAUCAAAACGAAGCAACGAACUUGUUGCAGUAUCUUUUAACGGUCGCAACGACGGUCCACGACCCGGAUCAAGUACCAGAAAUAGCAGCGGGCGACAUGGGCGGUCUUGGUAGCGAAUGCUCGUACAUGGACACCCUCGUUGCCCCAAAUCUUCGGAGGCGAAAGAACAACGUUGUCAUGGAACAUGCACGAUACUUGGUUGCAUGUGCCAUGAUCUUUGCUCUCAUUCUGGCAUAUCAACAUGUUCUCAAGAAUAGCAAGGGCGAUACAAAACAAAAAUUGACUGAUCGGGAAUGGAGAUCAAUGAAAGACAAGUAUGAGAAGGCAGCAUUGGAGGACAUCACAAAAGAAGAAAAGAACAAAAAAAUGAGCAGUGAAGGCGACUCGAUUUUCAAAGGAUACGCUCAAAAAGCAGAGAAUCUACUCGCAUACGAUGAAUUCAAUCAUCUACAGAACAAGUCGAUGACUGUGGAAAAGCUUCGAUCCGCUCAAGAAAAAUCGGAACUUGCAGCUUUGAAGAAGGCAACAAGCGAGGAAGAUAUGUAUGCCUUUAAGAUGCGCCAUGAAGCUAUUGCCAAGAAGCAGAUGGCUGCAGAGAAGAAAUUCCAAGAACAACUCCAGCAAACUAUGAAAGAUUUGAGCACGCCAGAGAACCAGCCCGAGAAUAGCAAAGGGGAUCAUGUCAGAAGCAUGAUCAAGGAUCCUCCUCAACACACCAUGCAUCAUGAUACCAACCCCACCUCCGUUGAUCAAGACUACAGCACAACGUACCAAGCAGCUGAAAAGGUUGAGGAAGCCAGAAGGCAAGCGUUCUUGAAAGAAGUGCAGCAGCUUAAAACACGGGACGAGGACGAGGUUAUCAAGCGAGCAAAGCUUCUCCAGCAAGAGUCCGAGAGAGACGUUCAGAAGCGAGCAAACCUGAAGGCCCGAGAAGCGGCCAAGGCAAGGUUGGCAAAGAAGAUGCUUGCAAUUGAGAGCGGUGAGACCAAACCUCACGUCAAUCUUGAGAAAACAAAACAGUCCAAGGAUGAAGAACGGAUCAAGAGCAAGAGUUUCGCUGGGAGACCCAAUAGAUCGAAGAAGCCCUCUCAAAAUUCGAAAUCCAGACAAGAAAAUACUCUCCACGAGCUUGAUCUGUCUUCAGACAAAUACCAUGCAAGCGUAAAGAGCAUGUGGAAUGCUGACAUUGUGAGGUCACGAGAGGAGAGGAUUCGACGGCUUGCAUAUCACAAGGAACGAGAACAACUUCUGUCAAAGGAUAAAGCAGAGGAGCAGGGAGUUGCGGAUGUAUUGGAUAAGACUUCAGCUUCUCUGCUCGAGCCCAACCAGCUUUCGGAUGCAGCGCCUUCUCACAACGGCGAUAAGCAGGGAAAUGAGCUGUUCCACAACCGUGAGAGUGAAGCACAGAUGAUAAUCGACGACACCAACUCCUAA